GUGUACAACCUGUCCACAAACCAAACCAAGAUUGAGAAGGAUUUAUACAGAACUGAAAAAAAGGAAUAAACAGUCCAAAUCUCUUUCGUACUUCUCAUAGCAGCUUAAACUUGUACACCACGAAGCCCAAAACUCAUGGGCCGGAAGAGAGACAGAACCCACUUCAACCGCCACGUCCCUUACUCCUUCCCCAAGCGCCGCCGUCCUCCACCUACCGACGCCGUCUCCGACGACCCUUUGCCGUCAAACAACUCCUCUUCCACCACCAAGCAGCAGCCCGGUAAUGUGGUGGUUGUUGGGGUUCCUACUGAUUGCUCAGUGCUUGACCUUAAAUCUCGUUUUGAGAUUUAUGGUUCCAUCUCUCGCACCCGUAUGGACCCCAAUGGUCUCGCUUACAUCACUUUCCGUUCCUAUGAUUCUGCUCAGUCUGCUGUUAAUGCUGCUGUAGAUUCCUCUUUCCCCAUUACUCUCCACUCCAAGCCAGUUCAGGUAAUAUGGGCAACUGACCAUGUGCCACAGUGGAAGGAGGGGGCGAUGCGAAAGGAUGAUCUAUCCUCAUCAACGGUUGCAUCGAAGCUAGUUAGAGCAGAGGUGCCACUAAGUAGGCACGGGAGAGGUAACAGACUGGGAUCAGCAAUUGUGAACCCCAAAGAUGAGGAUAAUGAUAUUGCUGGCAAUAAUGGUCGUGGACAUGUUAGUACAAGGCUGGUUGAGCCUGAUAAUGCUGGCGAUAAUGGUCGUGGACAUGUUAGUACAAGGCUGGUUGAGCCAUACAAGGGUAGGGAAAUUGUUGCCUAUGAUGAUAUUCUGUAACUUAUGGUCAUGUUUAUUGAGGGAUUGCCUCACUUGUAACAUUAGCGAUAUGGCUUUCUCAAAUAACAUUAGAGCUUUUAUUUAUGAGGUUAGGUAAAAGGUUGAGUUUUUGUUGCAGAUUAGUUGGGGUGAUUUUCAGUUCUAAAUGUGUUUUCAGUAAGGUUCAGAUCUUGUUUUUUUUCCUUCUCUGUGUAAUACAAGCAUUAGAUAAUAAUGAUGUACUUAAGAUUUUUUUUA